GAGAAAACCACGUUCCACUGCACAAAGUCCAUUGGUUUCAUUGUCAUCUCAAAAUUCAGUUAUUAUAGAUCUUCAGCUCUACAAUCUUCUCAAGGGCCAAUCUUACUUCAUUAUAUAACACUUAAAUCAAUCAAUUUUUGUCCUUACUCACUAAGCAAUCAACAUUUGCAUAUAUCCAAAAGUGUUCAUUUUAUUGUCCAAAAAAUCAUAUUUUUACUACCAAAAUAAGCAAGCCAUGGCUAAUAGUAAUACCAUAAAGGAUGGAGAUGCGAUCUUGUUCACCGAAGAACAAGAAGCUCUGGUCGUAAAAUCAUGGAACUUGAUGAAGAAGGAUGCCGGCGAAUGGGGCCUCAAACUUUUUCUCAUGAUCUUUGAGAUAGCUCCAUCGGCUCAAAAAUUGUUCUCUUUUCUAAGAGAUUCAAAUGUUCCACUUGAGCAAAAUCCUAAGCUCAAACCACAUGCUAAGACUGUGCUUAUUAUGACAUGUGAAGCUGCGGUUCAGCUCCGUAAAGCAGGGAAAGUUGUGAUUAGGGAUUCGACUCUCAAGAAAUUAGGCGCAGUCCAUUUUAAAUAUGGCGUUGUUGAUGAGCAUUUUGAGGUGACAAAAUAUGCAUUAUUGGAGACAAUUAAAGAAGCAAGUGGAGAAAUGUGGUCACCAGAAAUGAAGAAGGCUUGGAGUGUGGCCUAUGACCAUUUAGUUGCUGCUAUAAAAACUGAAAUGAAGCCUUAAUUUUCUCUAUUUUCCAUGGUGUUAUAUAAAAUUAUUCUAUUAUAAUAUGUCUCAGAGGUUGGAGUAUUUUAUUUUAUUUUCCUAUUCUGUUUGUAAGAAUAACAAUUAUUGUCAAAUGAUGAAUAAAAGCUUGAGUUGAAUGAAUCACUUGUUUAAAAACUCAUGCAAGUUAUGAAAAAUAGUACAAAUACAUAAUAAAUGUAUAUAGAGGUGUACAUAGCACUCACAUAGAGUGGG